AUGUCAACCCCUGCAGUUAUCUUAUACCACUACCCGUACUCGCCGUAUGCCAGGCGGGUAGUCUGGUAUUUGACCCUUCGCGGGAUCCCCUACAGCCAAUGUCUCCAACCUCCUAUGAUGCCGCGGCCGGACAUUUCGCAACUUGGGAUAUCCUACCGCCGCAUCCCGAUCCUAUCCAUAGGACGCGACGUCUACCUGGAUACUCGGUUGCAGAUACCCAAGCUCGAGAAACUCUUCCCGGAAAUGCCCCGCCUCGGCGCCACUGAGCCAGACCAACUUGCUGUCGAGCGCCUCCUGUCGCUCUUCACCACCGACACCGGCCUGUUUGGCAAAGCCGUCCAGCUGCUCCCAACAGACUUGCCUCUGCUCCAAGACCCGGCAUACUACCGUGACCGUGCAGACUUUAUGGGAGGCAAGCUCAGCCCUCAGGGCAUGACCGCCGCGCGGCCUGAGGCUCUGGUUGAAGUGAUCCGGGCGUUCGACCUUCUCGAGACGACGUUGCUAGCCGACGGACGCGACUGGAUCCUGAAGACGCCUGGGCCGAGCCUCGCGGACAUCGAGGCCGUGUGGCCAUUCCAUUGGUUGCUCGGACUCCCGGGCGCGCUGCCAAAGGACCGGUUCUCGCCCACCGUUUACCCACGCGUGUACGCUUGGAUCCAGCGAUUCCAGGACGCCCUGUCCGCGGCGAAGAAGAAGGUGGGCAAGCCAGCAACGCUAAAGGGAGACGAGGCCGCGCAGACGAUCCUGCAGGCACCUUUCAGUGGAAAUGAAAGGGUUGUGGACGCUGAGGACGCCGUGGUCAUUGCGCAGGGACUUCAGAAAGGUGAUCGCAUUCGGGUAUGGCCAACUGACACGGGCUCGUCGGGGAGGGACGAGGGCAAGUUGGUCGCGAUCGAUGCGCGGGAGGUGGUGUACGAGACCGGAGAAGGGGGGCGUAUAGUUAGAGUGCAUGCGCCUAGGCAUGGUUUUAGAGUUAAGAAGGUGGUCGACAAGGGCGCGAAGUUGUGA